AUGUCCAAGACCGAGCACAAGGCUUGCCUCAUCGUCAUUGAUGGCUGGGGCAUCCCCUCGGAGCAGAGCCCCAAGGAUGGCGACGCCAUCACCAACGCCAAGACGCCCGUCAUGGACGCCCUGUACGCCGACGCCGACGGUUACACCGAGCUCGAGGCCUCGUCCCUCGCCGUAGGCCUGCCCGAGGGCCUGAUGGGCAACUCCGAGGUCGGCCACCUCAACAUUGGCGCCGGACGCGUCGUCUGGCAGGACGUGGUCCGCAUCGACCAGACCAUCAAGAAGGGCGAGCUCAACAGCAACGCCGUCAUCAAGAAGACGUUUGAGAGCGCCGCCAAUGGCAACGGCCGGCUGCACCUGUGCGGCCUCGUCUCUCACGGCGGUGUCCACUCCAAGCAGACUCACCUGUACGCCCUGCUCAAGGCCGCCAAGGAGUACAAGGUGCCCAAGGUCUUCAUCCACUUCUUCGGCGACGGCCGCGACACCGACCCCAAGUCCGGCGCCGACUACAUGCAGGAGCUCCUCGAGAACCUCAAGGAGAUUGGCGUCGGCCAGAUCGCCACCGUCGUCGGCCGAUACUACGCCAUGGACCGCGACAAGCGCUGGGAGCGUGUCGAGAUUGCCCUCAAGGGCAUGUGCCACGGCGAGGGCGAGGCGAGCGAGGACCCCGUCGCGACCGUCCGUGAGCGGUACGCGCGUGGCGGCGGCAAGGACGGGGACGAGUUCCUGACGCCCAUCAUUGUUGGCGGCGACGAGUCUCGCAUCAAGGACGACGACACCGUCUUCUUCUUCAACUACCGAUCGGACCGUGUCCGUCAAAUCACCCAGCUCCUCGGCGACGUCGACCGCUCCGUCCUGCCCGACUUCCAGUACCCCAAGAUCAGCAAGCUCGUCACCAUGACCAUGUACAAGACGGACUACCCCUUCGAGGUCGCCUUUGAGCCCCAGCGCAUGGACAACGUCCUCGCCGAGUGGCUCGGCAAGCAAAACGUCGAGCAGGUUCACAUUGCCGAGACGGAAAAGUACGCCCACGUUACCUUUUUCUUCAACGGUGGCGUCGAAAAGGUCUUCCCUCUGGAGACCCGCGACCAGGCCCAGGACCUUGUCCCCUCGAACAAGUCUGUCGCUACCUACGACCAGGCCCCCGAGAUGUCCGCCGACGGCGUGGCCAACCAGGUCUGCAAGCGCCUCGGUGAGCAAAAGUUCCCCUUUGUCAUGAACAACUUUGCUCCCCCCGACAUGGUCGGCCACACGGGUGUCUACGACGCCGCCGUCAUUGCCUGCGAGGCGACCGACAAGGCCAUUGGCAAGGUCCUCGAGGGCUGCAAGAAGGAGGGCUACAUCCUCUUCAUCACCGCCGACCACGGCAACGCCGAGGAGAUGAAGUUUGAGGACGGCAAGCCCAAGACCAGCCACACCACCAACAAGGUGCCGCUGCUCAUGGCCAACGCCCCCGAGGGCUGGAGCCUGAAGAAGAACGGCGGUGUCCUGGGCGACGUUGCCCCGACGGUGCUGGCCGCCAUGGGUCUGCCGCAGCCCGAGGAGAUGACGGGCGAGUCGCUGCUGGCCAAGGACCUUAAGAGGAGUGCUGAGUAA